AGGAAGGGUUCGUUUGGUUUGAAGGAAGGAAAGGGGACAGUGGUUAAACGGUGGGCAGAGUGGUUUGGUGUCAUGGGCGGGCGCCGAGCUCUCCUAAAACGCCACCUUCUCAGCAGACCCCCAGGAGUCGACCCGCCAGGACGCCAGAGCUACCUCAGCGGUGACCAUACCCGGCCAACACCUUCUUCCCUUCUUCACAAACAGCUCAUGGCGGACCAAGGCUCGGGGGGCAGCCGCCUCCCCCUGGCACUGCCCCCAGCUUCCCAGGGUUGCUCGUCAGGGAGCGGUGGCUCCUCUGCGGGGGGCUCGGGCAAUCCCCCUCCCCCGCGCAACCUCCAAGGCCUGCUGCAGAUGGCCAUCACGGCGAGCUCUGAGGAGCCAGACCCCCCUCCAGAACCCAUGAGUGAGGAGAGGCGCCAGUGGCUACAGGAGGCCAUGUCAGCUGCCUGCCGGGGCCAGCGGGCGGAGGUGGAGCAGAUGAAGAACUGCCUCCGAGUGCUGUCCCAGCCCAUGCCUCCCUCAGCCAGGGAGGCUGAACUGGCCUCGGACCAGCAGGAGCGUGAGGGGGCCCUGGAGCUGCUGGCUGACCUGUGUGAAAAUAUGGACAACGCUGCAGACUUCUGCCAGCUGUCAGGCAUGCACCUGCUGGUGGGCCGGUACCUGGAAGCGGGGCCCGCGGGCCUGCGGUGGCGGGCAGCUCAGCUCAUUGGCACAUGCAGCCAGAACGUGGCAGCCAUCCAGGAGCAGGUGCUGGGCCUGGGUGCCCUGCGCAAGCUGCUGCGGCUGCUCGACCGGGACCCCUGCGACUCGGUGCGCGUCAAGGCUCUCUUCGCCAUCUCCUGCCUGGUCCGGGAGCAGGAGGCUGGGCUGCUGCAGUUCCUCCGCCUAGAUGGCUUCUCUGUGUUGAUGCGGGCCAUGCAGCAGCACGUGCAAAAGCUCAAGGUUAAGUCAGCAUUCCUGUUGCAGAACCUGCUCGUGGGCCACCCGGAACACAAAGGGACCCUGUGCUCCAUGGGGAUGGUCCAGCAGCUGGUGGCCCUCGUCCGGACAGAACACAGCCCUUUCCAUGAGCACGUGCUUGGAGCCCUUUGCAGCCUGGUGACAGACUUUCCCCAGGGCGUGCGGGAGUGCCGGGAGCCAGAGCUGGGCCUGGAGGAGCUCCUCCGCCACCGCUGCCAGCUGCUGCAGCAGCAUGAGGAGUACCAGGAGGAGCUGGAGUUCUGUGAAAAGCUGCUACAGACCUGUUUCUCCAGCCCAACGGAUGACAGCAUGGAUCGGUGAAACCUGGUUGCUUCUGGCCCCCUCUAUGUGGGCACCCCAGGCCUCCUGGCUCCCUCCCACCCAUGAGGCCCUCUCCCAAGGGAGAACAGGGCCUUGUUGGUGCCAGGCCGGGGCAUGCCAGCCCAUCUCUGCUCUGCCUAUAGGAGGGGCGCUGAGAAAGGCACCACCUCCUUGGACCCCACCUCAUGCUCUCACGCCAUUCCCCCAUUCUGUGUCCACACUGUCUUCCAAUAAAGGUAUUUCUUUCUCCUUCA